GCCGACGUCACUUCCGCUGGGGGCGCUGAGCAUUGUGGGGAGUCGGUGCUAUGGCUGUCGGUGGAGGUUGUGACGGGGUCCGGGAGCUGGGCUCUGAUGUACUCCUACACCCGGAGCUGCUCUCCCGGGACUUCCUGCUGCUCUCACUGGGCCAGGUGAGGCUGGGUGUCCGAGAGACCCACAAUGGCCGCCGGGGCCUGGGAGGACAGGCCGAGCACAGUGCUUAUGGUGUCUGGGAGCUAUGUGUAACGUGGGCUCAGCAGACACCUGGUGUACCUGCUCACAGCGAUCAGUCAGCGUCACAGCCAGAUAACACGGGGUCACAGGACAGGAAUUAUAUUAUCAGAGAAUACUCGGGGAUUAAUCCAACUAAGCAAGAAAGUGCAAAGUUAGCAAAAACAUUCAUUUGGUUUCCAUGGUGAUUGCACAAUUUAUUUAUUUAACCCCUUAAGGACACAUGACGUGUGACAUGUCAUAAUUCCCUUUUAUUCCAGAAGUUUGGUCCUUAAGGGGUUAAAGGGACACUAUAUAGUCCCCAGAACAACUACAGCUUAUUGUAUUUGUUCUGGUGAGUAGAAUCAUUGCCUUUAAGAGGUGGGGAGGCAGAUGGUGGUUUUAACACUAUAGGUGCAGGAAUACAUCUUUGUGUUUCUGAACCUGUUCCUUUAACUUUGUCUGACAGCUGCAUAUCCAAAAGAUUCUAGGAGUCCUCAGUCUGUAGCUGGCUCUGUAAGGUAUAAUGCCUAGUUUUGUUUUUUGCUAACUUGCGUUUAUGGUUGAGAUCCCUUGUUUAAUUUAGAUGCAUGUGUGAAGGACAUCUAUAUGCACUUGUAGUUGCCAAUGCUGGAACCAUCUGAUGCCAAUAAUUCUCACAACAGAGAAUAACCUGAUUAUUUUCUUUGACUGAUUAUCUGGUUGAGCUUUAGUGAUUUGUGAUGUUUCUUGAUAUGUACAUAUACUACUCUGACACAAUAUCUGUACGUUUUAACAAUAGGAAAGAGAAAUAUACUUUGUUUUGUUAUGACCUUGUGUGUACUAAGCAAACUGAUUAUAUAAAGUGCUGACAGGAUACCAUUCUAUGCCUGCAAAACAAUAUAUAAGUAUAAUUUCUAUGUAUGUGUGUGUGUGUGUGUGUGUGUGUGUGUGUAUAUAUAUAUAUAUAUAUAUAUAUAUAUAUACAUUUAAUUUGAUGCAAAGGUAUUGCUUAAUUUCCCUUUUAUUGUUAUGUCAUUUCUCAAUAUACCUUUCCUUUUCGAUUCAGAAAAAUAUUGAGGUGAAAGAGUCAUUAAAUGACAAAGAACGACUGACCGAAAUCUUUAUCCAACAUGCAAUGCCUCUGCCUCAGAGAGCAUUGCCAAAUAGUCGCUGGGGGAAGCUAAUGGAAAGCAAGAGAGAACAGAAUAAAGUAACAGAACCACAAAAGAAAAGGUAAUGACAUUGAAACAAAAAGUGUAUUUUAUCUUUGGUGAUAUCCAGGUUUGUUUUUUUUUUAACUCCCCUGUAUUUUUAAGGGUGGCAGAAGGAUUUAUAAAAAAAAAAAAAAGAAAUGAAGAUUGAACAAGUGAUCGUGAGAUUAUCUCACAGGCAAACUGAUUUUUUUUUUUUUUAUAGUUUUAUUUUGUCCUAAAGCAUCUUCGUCAAACCUCCUCAACUUGUUAGUAUUUUUAUCGACAUUUAUGUAGUGCCAACACAUUCCGUAGCACUUUACAAUAUUACGAGAGAGGGCAUUUAACUAUAAAUAGGACAAUUACAAGAAAACUUACAGGAACAAUAGGUUGAAGAGGAACCUGCUCAAACGAGCUUACAGUCUAUAGGAGGUGGGGUAUAAAACACAUUUGGCACACUUUGGUUAAUAGAAGCAUAGACAGCAUGGGGUUAGAAGAGCUACAAGAAAAUUCCAAGCAAGCAUGUAUGGGAGUUUAAAAACGACACUUCACUGCCUAAAUGAGGGAGAAAUAAAAAGUACAAAUCACUGUUUAGUGGAUAUGCAUGUAUUCAUUCGGGGUGUAUUUUAAAGGAGCUUGCAAAAGCUGCAGUUCUACUAAACUGCUUGCAAAGGAAGCCACCUAUGUAAAAUUAGAUGAGAGUUUUUGGAAAGUGACCCAUGUAUUUCUUUAUAGAAUUUUUAAACGUCUGUGGAAUGUUCACAUACAGUAUAUGUAUCUUUUUUGAUUGGUUUAAAGUGGAGAUACUUUUGUUUUGUUUUUUGUUUUUUUGUUAUACUUUCACUGUUGGAAGGCUGUGCACAUUAUUUGCAGGGAGUGUGGUUGCAUAAACAAAGUGAUUUAACUCAUAUCAGUGCUUCUCAACCCUCUCCUCAAGGCACACCUUACAGUCAAUAAUUUAGGGAUUACCCUGGUGUGUCUAAGAUGUUAAAAAAAAUAAAAAUAAACUCCUUUGAGUCUAAAAACACCUUAGACCCACCUGGGUAAUCACUAAAUCCUGGACUGUUAUGUGUGCCUUUAUGAGGGGGUUGAGGAGCACUGUCCUAGAUAACAGAUAAUUGAGCAGUGAGACUGCAGGGGCAUGAUCCAUACACAAGAACUGCUUCAUUACGCUAAAGUUGUUUUGGUGACUUUAGUGUCCCUAAACAACUUUAGCGUAAUGAGCAUAGUCUUUUGCUAUAACCAUACUGUACACAUCAUAUCUAUCGGAGGGCUGUUCUCCAGAUAAUAUCACAAGUUUCAUAAAUGGAGUAGGAUUUGUAAAAAACAAAUACAUUAAGUUUAAUAUAAUAACAGUCCCGUUCAACAGAUAGACGUUUAACCCCUUAAGGACGGCGGGCGUGCUAUGCCGUCCUUAGGGACCUGGCUCUCAACGCCGGGGGGGCAUAGCACGUCCCUGACGUCCUUUCAGCUUACCCAGUCGCCGGUGAUCGCGGUAUGGGGACUCACCUGGCAGCCCAGGGAGUCCCCCUCCAUUGGUUUUGGCCCCCCUGGGCCAUGUGAUCGCGAGAACCUCACGAUCACAUGGACGGCAUAGCCGAACAUAGCAAUGUCAGCAGGGGUAAUGACAGGUACUCCCCCUGCUGCCUGUAAAUAGUAAAAAAAAAAAAAGUUUAAAAUAGUAAAAUUAAAUUUUUAUUUAUAUAUAUAUAUAUAUAUAUAUAUAUAUAUAUAUGAAACAAGGGGGGGUUGGCUGCACUCACCUGAACAUGCAUAAAUGGGGGUGCUGCUGGGGGCCAAAUAAUACAAAACACAAGAUCCAGCGCACUCACCUAUCCACUAAACAGCAACUUCAAUGUUGAAAGAUUUUAUUAGUUUUUUUUAAAAACACCUAAUCUAGGCAAAAAUAAUGGGGGUUUAGUUACAUUAUAUGAUCAUACAUUGCAUAAGCCUGCCACAACGUCAAUGAACAUUGAAGUUGCUGUUUAGUGGAUAGGUGAGUGCGCUGGAUCUUGUGUUAUAUAUAUAUAUAUAUAUGUGUGUACUCAGAUUUUAUAUAUAUAUAUAUGUGUGUACUCAGAUUUUAUAUAUAUAUAUGAUCGAAGUGUGUGUGUGUGUAUAUAUAUAUAUAUAUAUAUAUAUAUAUAUAUAUAUAUAUAUAUAUAUAUAUAUAUAUAUGUGUGUGUGUGUAAAUGCGUUAAAUAAUAAAAAAAAAAUAUGUGUAAUUUCGUUCUAACUGUAUUUUAAAAUUAAUAUAUAUAGAUAUCAAAAUACACGUAGAACAAAAUAAAAUAUAUAUAUAUAUAUAUAUAUGUAUGUAUAUGUGUGUGUAUAUAUAUGUAUGUGUGUAUAUAUAUAUAUAUAUAUAUAACAAUAUUUCCUGUCCUAACGUUUUUAAUACCCCACCUCCUAUAGUCUGUAAGCACGUUUGAGCAGGGUCCUCUUCAACCUAUUGUUCCUGUAAGUUUUCUUGUAAUUGUCCUAUUUAUUGUUACAUUCUCCCUCUCAUAAUAUUGUAAAGCGCUACGAAAUCUGUUGGUGCUAUAUAAAUGGCAUUAAUAAUAAUCAUUGAUAAUAUUAUAUAUAAUAAACAAUACACACGAUCCAGCGCAAUCUCCUAUCUACUAAACAGCAACUUUAAUGUUGACAGAUUUUAUUAGUUUUUUUUUUAAAAGUUUUUUUCUAAAAACACCUAAUCUAGGCCAAAAAUAAUGGGGGUUUAGUUACAUAAUAUGAUCAUACAUUGAAUACGCCUGCCACAACAUCAAUGUACCCCAUCUUUGGCAGGUCCUACUCUCACAGCCUAAUGUCUGCUCUUAUGAGAUUAACCCACUUACUUGGGGAAAACAUUCCAUCUGAUGCUCUCUGCAGUACAAGGCUAAAUAGGGACCUGAGAUGAGGCACCUGUAACAAACUAUCAUGCACUGAGAUCAAAUAAGGCUGAGUGUUGGUAUGUUUUUUUGUUUUUUCUUUACUUUUUCUUUUUUGCAUUUAUGGGUUCCAUGCUCAGGUGUGAUUAAAUUGACAACUGCUUGCAAAGGAAGCAACUCGUGUAAAAUGUUAUCAGGGUUUGGAAAGUGACGUGUGUGUGUGUUUCUGUAUAACAUUUCUGUAACUUUUAUUGGAAGUUUUUUUUUUUAGUUUUUUUAAGUAGAAAUACCUUUUAUUGUAAUGAGCGGAAAUGAAUGAGCAGUGAAAGUUGUCUGUGUCUUUUUUACUUGGAGAAUCUAGGGAUUAAAACACUUGUAUGCUAAUUUGUUAUGCAGAAAUGCCAGUAAGCUAAACACUGGUGAAACAAUUAGUAUAUUAGGAGCAGAAUAAUAAUCUUACAUCAAUCCUCUGGCAUGGUCAUUGCUUGUGCUUACAUAAAAGGGGAGCAGUACAUUUUAUAAUACAUGUGAUAUUGCAACAUAGCAGGAAAUUAGAUGUUUACAUGUAUAAUAUAUUGUCAAUACUCUUUAAAUCCAUCCAAAGCAAAUUUUUCCUUUCUUAUUUAAAUUAUACACACGCAAUUUAACUUUUAAAAUCAUGUGUUUGGAUUUAAUGAGCCAAUGCUGAUUUAUCCAGAUGAUAAUCUGAAUUUUAUAGAUGUAUUGGUAGUUUUUCAUAUAGCUUGAAGUUGGUAUUGCUGGGUCCUUGGGUUUGUCAAAUCCUGUAUAUAGUUUAAUUGUUAUGACAUCCUGAAACAAUGAAUGGUGUUAUAGAUGCCUAAAUGUAAAUUCUGAGGACAGCCGUAGAUGUUCCUCCUUUACCUCUGAUGAUCAAGAAGAUUCAGAGUAAAACGCAGAGCAACCAUGAAUGUUAUUUUCUUCUUUUAAAAAAAAUAAAAGCAUAAUUUUAUUACUAUCAUUUAGAGUAUAAAUUCUUGAUAUAUUUAUGAUAUGAUGUCAUACUUAUUAUUGUUCUUUCAGUGCCAGUUGUGAGGGUGUAAGAAAACGACCACUUAUUGUAUUUGAUGGGAGUUCAACCAGCACGUCAAUAAAAGUGAAAAAGACAGAGAAUGGUGAAACUGCCCAGCGACUACAGCCCUCUUCCAUGGAGAGUACACAUACUGGAUCGAGGAACAUAGGAUCCCCAACUAGCCCUGCACCUCGUGUUUGCUCCUCCAAUCCUAAUAGGCCGUCCAAAUUUAACACAGUCAGUAAUAAUGGUCAUCCUGAAAACACAGUACAGUCUGAUAAAACACUUGGAUCACAACAAUCAACAACAGGGACAGCUGUAAAAAUAAAAAGGGUUGCUCCAAAAGAUGAACCUGAAGUGGAAGUAAGUAAUACAUUGCUUUUUGAUACAUGUAAAGGGUAUGGUCAUGGUUUGAGGUUUAAGAAAUCAAGGUGUGUGUGUGUGUGUAUGUAUGUAUGUAUGUAUAUAUGUGUGUGUGUGUGUGUAUAUAUAUAUAUAUAUAUUUAAUACAAUUUUAAACAAAAAUCUGCACACCAGUCAAGCCAUAAGACUUGCUUUUCCCACAGAAAUCCCAAAUCUGCAGUGAUGUUAAAACCGCAAAGGAUUCUGGGUGGGCAUAUGCAAAUUAGUUUAACAAAGAAUCACAUUUUUGCCUCAUUCCAUUUUAAACAUGGAUUCCUUUUAAUCUGUGUUUGCAGUAUACAACUGCUUGGAACACAAUUUAGGAAAAGAUGCAAAACCAGUGAACCACUCAUGGACAGCUGUUUCGUUGUUAAUGCAACUCUUCAGCAUGAGGUUGGUUACUGGUUUGCUUAUUGAGGCUUGGUAGUGCUUGGGAAGCAAAAUCCAAUUAGGUUAUGGUGGGGAAAAAUUGUGAUUGAAAACCCCUUCCACCUGAAGUCUGUGGAUAGUUAAUACAAUUUUAAACAAAAAUCUGCACACCAGUCAAGCCAUAAGACUUGCUUUUCCCACAGAAAUCCCAAAUCUGCAGUGAUGUUAAAAUAUAUAUAUAUAUAUAUAUAUAUAUAUAUAUAUAUAUAUAUAUAUUAUGUGUAUGUAUAUCACAAUUCUUAGUUUUAAUGUUUGUCAGAAGUGCCUUGAGUAUUACUAUUCAGUAGUAAAGGAACAUUGUAGCGUUAGGAAUACAGAUUUGUAUUCCUAACACUAUUGUACCAUUGUCAGAGAAUAGUUUUUAUUAAUUGCUUAAUUAAAGUUCAGAAUCUUAUAUUUAGCAUUUUUAUAGCACCAACAUGUUCCACUGUCCAUCACAAUUAUAAAGCUAAGUUGUAAAACAUGUUGGACUAUAGUAAUUUAUUCUCCUCUUAUAGAAUGACUUGAAGCCUACGGAAGCAAAGAAGAAGGUUAUUCAGCACGUGACCUGGCCAUGACAUGUCUACUUUGUCCAAGGCACAAAGACGCCAAUCAUUGACUUUAAUUUUUCAUCUUCUAGAAGCUGGUCAUGAAGGUUUUAGACCUAAACUAUUUCCACAGGAGCACCUUUUUAAUAUUUUUAUAUGUAUAAUCCUGGCCAACUGGUAAUGGUGCAUGAAUUGAUGUAGAACAGUGUUACUCAACUUAAGAUUCUUGAAGAAAAGAGAACAUGUUUACGGGAGGAAUAAGACAGCCUCACGAUCAUGUACUUUAUAGAUCUAUGUAGAACUUAUUGAUUAUACAUGUUUCAUCAUGGCCAUAUACAUUUCUGAAGGUAAGUUUAGGUACACUGCUCUCCAUAAACAUUCUUACAGGAGGGAAUGGUCUUAGAUUUUAGUAAAUAGAUGACAUGACUAUCUAUAUUAUUUAUAUUAAAGGGAAUUUGGAUUGCUGUGGCUUAUGCACUACUUGAUCUCACUCCCUCCCUCAGACUGACUGUUUUAAAGUACUGCUGCUGUAUUUGGGGUGCCACUUUGUCUCUCCUGAAGCUCAAAGGACAGAAAUAAACAUAUGGACUCUUCACAUUUUUGUAGCUUUGUUUAAAAAUUUUAAUCCAGUAUUGUGGAUGUUCAUUGUGUUUUAUAAUUAAUGUUAACUGCCAAGUCAGUGCACAUUGUUAUUAAUAGCAUUUCAUUAAGAUUAUUUGCAAUAUUAAUUGUCAAAUCUGCGUUUUCUUAUCGAUGGGUGUUAUAUGAUGGAUGGGCAACAUUUGACCUACUGGAUGAAAAAAUUGAUUGAGAAAGAUUGUUAAACAUUUAUUUAAAUCAAGUACCAUUAAACACAGAAUUUUUUUUGCCCACCUACCCUGUGCUACAUACCUGUCUAAUAUAUAAUAAUAUAAAAGCUGUCUUUGUUUCAUGCAUAGGUUCCUCUUGGCUCAUCAGUAUUGACUUUUUCAUCUAAACCACCUUUUAUAAGCGGAUCUUGUUCUGAAU